AUGGUGGCUCAUCGUGGGAACUUGAACUACCAAGAUUGUCGGCGAACUUUGACGGCGGGGUUUGAAGAGAGUGACAUUGAGUUACUUCGCGAGGUCUUGCAGCCGUGUGAGGACAUGGGGGACAUGGGGUCGUCUAGGAUGCCUGGACUUGUUGUGGCUGCAUCGUCUGACAUGAAUACCGCAGCACAGGCAGAAUCUGCUGCGCCUGGAGGCUCAGUCCCCGGUGGGACGGUUGCAUCGUCGGACAUCGGUGGCUCAGUCCCGGAUGUGUCAUCGACAACCGGAGGCUCAGUCCCUUUCGGAAGUCGUGGCAACGCUUUGCUCGGUUUCUUGGCAGAUACUUGCACGGUGAUGGGCUCGGACAUGAAGGACAAGAAGGAGCAUGUGCGGUUUCGAGUGAAGAUUACCUCAGCUUUCAUCUUGACAGCAGAAUGGUGGAGAACAUUGAGUUUUGUUUGGUCAGGGACUUUGGAAGAAAUGGAUGUGGCCGUGGAAGCGGAAAGUGCGCUGCCGCUGACAGACAUUGAUCUGGUGGUUGACGUGACGGCUUUACGACAGUAUCGAGUACCGGGCAGCAUGGAGCGAUGCGAUGUCAUGACUUUUGUGCUGGAUUGUUUUCUGGGGGAGAGACGUCCCAAGACGCGCACGAUGACCCAGCGGGUCAGUCCCUCCAUUACUACAUGUGCAGAGAUUCCGCGUUUUUCUGAGAGAGUUGUGGCGUGCAUCUUAGACUUUACUGGAACCUUGCAAACGGAUGAUGGGGAAGCUGUAUGCAUUGGAAACGACAAAGAGCACUUGCAGGCAUGCCAAGCAGGGAAUCCAACCUUGACGUCGGCCAAGAGGUGUUCGUAUGGCUGGCACGAUGAUCAACUGACCAGCGCUGAAUACACUGCUGUGGUUUCCCGUGAAAUUUCUGCGAACUUGGAUUACAUGGCAGAGGCGCGCAGAAGACCUCGUCCAGGACUGCUUCACCCUACUGCGCGCGAUGAGAAGGAGGACAUUGGCCUGGAGGGAGAAUUUGUCGAUGCCGCAGACUUGGACGAUGUUCACGACCCAGACCCUGACGAGGCAGCGGAACCGUCAGCACUUCGCCCGGAACUGCAAUAUAAGCCCAUUCUGCAUGUGUCCGCGGCCGAUCUCUUUGAUGUGGUCCAUCGUCAGGAUACGAAGACGACCGCUGCUGGUCGUACGAGCGCUAGCACAAAGCGGUCCAGAGAAUUUUUGCACCAAUAUGGAGGAAAAUAUCUGGACAUGAAAGAAUCUCGGAUGUGUGCUAUGCCGAGUGCGGCAGACGUGAAGCGUGGAGGUGGCUUCGAUGUGGUGUCUGGCUUCAAGACGCAGAAGCUUUUGCAAGACAGCAGGAAAGAGAAGGAGGAGCAGUUGAUGGACGUGUCUGAAGACGAAAUGUUGCCUGGGACCUCUGGUGUAGUGGCAGUACCCGUCGAUCUGGCUCCGGAGGCUUGGGUCGCUACGGUGUCUCCGGCCGAGAUGGCCACGCAGUUACUCCAGCAACGACUUCCGAUGCGCCAGCUCGAUGGCGCGUACGAAAUUUCCAAAGAUCAGUACAGCGCGUGCGUGUUGGCUGUUGCACCGCUGCAGAAAUUGUGGGUUAAAGCUGGGGAACAGAACCUGCAACACUGCUUUGGGACCCCACAUCGCAUUCACGAGGUCUUGUCUUUGGUCACACCAGCAACUUGGCUGUGCCUUUACGUACUAUGUUAUGUUUCGAAGUGA